AUGGCGGCUGAAGAGGCGGAUGUGGACGUCGAAGGCGAUGUAGUGGCGGCCGCAGCACAGCCAGGAAGUGAUGAAAAUACAGCAUCUGUUUUACAAGAUCAUUAUCUGGAUUCAUCCUGGAGAACUGAUAAUGGCCUUAUUCCUUGGACUCUGGAUAGCACCAUCAGUGAUGAGAACAGAGCUGUCAUUGAGAAAAUGUUGUUGGAAGAAGAAUAUUAUUUAUCUAAAAAAUCACUUCCAGAAAAAUUCUGGCUCGAUCAAAAAGAAAGUGAUAAAAAAUAUAUGAAAAGUCUGCAGAAAACAGGAAAAACCAUGGUACAAUCUCCUACAAAACCAGCCAGUUACUCAGUAAAGUGGACGAUAGAAGAAAAAGAGCUGUUUGAACAAGGGCUGGCAAAAUUUGGUCGAAGGUGGACCAAAAUUGCAAAGUUAAUAGGCAGUCGCACCGUUUUACAAGUGAAGAGCUAUGCCAGACAGUACUUUAAAAAUAAGGUAAAAUUAGAUGGUCUGGAGAAAGAAACACUGAAUCAGAAGAACAGCAGUGACCUUCAGGUUAAACAUGAGGGUGAAGGGACGAAGGCGUGGACACCAUCACCAUCAGGUUUAAGGGGACUUGCCGACCCCAACUUGAAUGCUGUAAAAAUUGAAAAGUUAUCUGAUGAUGAAGAAGUGGACAUCACAGAUGAGGCAGAUGAGUUGACUUCUCAAGUACCUGAAAAGAAGCCUAGCAGUGGUCUCUUACUAGACGUUCCUGAUAAUAAAACUCAGGAGACCAAUCAAGGAGAAUUCAUUGCUUCUGACACAGAGAAAGAAUCCUUUUCUAAUUCUUCCCAGGAAUAUCUUCAGAAUGUAAAGCAAAGUAAGGCAGAACCGUUUUCAAGCUCAGUAAUUACAUUAUGGACUGAAAAACAAAGCACUAGUGACAAAAAAUCAGUUGACUCAAAUGAUCAGAAAUGUAAUGAGCUGAUUAAAAACUAUGAUAAGCAUUAUGAAAAUGGAGUAAGAGAUGACGCUAGGCAGCUGCCUUUUCUUGAGCCUUGUGAAGUUCAGAAAGAUUUGAAUGAUCAGGAAAUGCUUUUUCAGUCUUCCUGUCAAAUUGAAGGGGAGAAUCAUGAGGAAGAAGAGCUUAAGCCACCAGAACAAGAAGUAGAAAUAGAUAGAAACAUCAUUCAAGAAGAAGAAAAACAAGCAAUUCCAGAGUUCUUUGAGGGACGCCAAGCUAAAACACCAGAACGCUAUUUGAAAAUUAGGAAUUACAUUUUGGAUCAGUGGGAGAUAUGCAAACCGAAAUACUUAAAUAAGACCUCAGUACGUCCUGGCCUGAAGAACUGUGGGGAUGUUAAUUGUAUUGGACGGAUUCAUACAUACCUCGAAUUGAUAGGAGCAAUCAAUUUUGGAUGUGAACAGGCUAUAUAUAACAGACCACAGCCAAUUGAUAAAGUACGAAUCAGAGACAGAAAAGAUACGGUAGAAGCAUACCAACUUGCCCAGCGUCUGCAGUCUAUGCGCACAAGAAGACGAAGGGUCCGAGAUCCAUGGGGAAACUGGUGUGAUGCAAAGGAUUUAGAAGGACAAACAUUUGAGCAUCUCUCUGCUGAAGAGUUGGCAAGAAGAAGAGAAGAAGAAAAUUGUAAACCUUUUAAAUCUGCAAAAGCUCCCAGGUCAACCAAAAGCUCAUUUGAUCCUUUCCAACUGAUACCUUGUCAUUUUUUCAGUGAGGAAAAGCAGGAGCCAUUUCAGGUGAAAGUGGCUUCAGAAGCACUUUUAAUAAUGGAUUUGCAUGCUCAUGUUUCUAUGGCAGAAGUGAUUGGUCUAUUAGGAGGAAGAUACUCAGAAGUUGAUAAGAUAGUUGAAGUCUGUGCUGCAGAACCAUGCAAUAGUCUCAGUACAGGACUGCAGUGUGAGAUGGAUCCUGUGUCACAAACACAGGCCUCAGAAACCUUGGCUGUCAGAGGCUAUAGCGUUAUUGGAUGGUAUCAUUCUCAUCCUGCCUUUGAUCCUAAUCCUUCAUUACGAGACAUUGACACCCAAGCCAAAUACCAGAGCUACUUCUCCAGAGGAGGUGCAAAGUUCAUCGGAAUGAUUAUUAGUCCCUAUAAUCGAAACAAUCCUUCACCUUAUUCCCAGAUCACCUGCCUGGUAAUAAGUGAUGAGAUGAGUCCAGAUGGCUCUUACCGUUUACCUUACAGAUUUGAAGUACAGCAGAUGUUAGAAGAACCUCAAUGGGGAUUAGUAUUUGAAAAGACAAGAUGGAUAAUAGAAAAAUACAGGCUCUCCCAUAGCAGUGUCCCCAUGGAUAAAAUCUUUCACCGGGAUUCUGACCUGACUUGUUUGCAGAAACUUUUGGAGUGUCUGAGGAAAACUCUGAGCAAAGUGACCAAUUGCUUCAUUGCUGAAGAAUUCUUGACUCAAAUAGAAAAUUUGUUCCUUUCUAAUUAUAAAAGCAAGCACAAGAAUGGAGUAGCUGAAGAGAACUGUACUAUGAGUGCAAAGGAAUUGUUAAUGUGAUUAUUUUAAAGAUAUUUUAGUCUUGACAUACAUCCUGCUUCCAAAGUUAUAACCUUGAAAUUAUUGUAAUU